AUGAGUGCCGUACUCCUUGCUGGGCUUGCAGCUGUAGCACAGGCACAGCAGAUCUACAUCACGACGACAGGUUACACAGCACGUCCGGAAUGUACAGCCGCUGCCGCCGCCGCCCUUGCGUCCAAGCCGACGCCCAGUUACCGCUUCGAGGAGUUCUCGUUUACGCAGAAUGAAACUGUUCGGUAUGCAACGUCUGUCCCCGCUCCGACGACAACACACACGUUUGGACCAGGGUAUAACGAUGCCCUGGAUAAACUAGGGACUGUGCUGUCGACGACUACAUGGGGCAGCUGGGUGCCAGGAAAGACAAGCAUCUCCGCCACAGACACAAAUGAUAAAUACGGCCAGGCAGCGUGGUCGUCGCAGUGGGAGGCUGCCAGUCUUGUUAACUAUACAGCUAUCGGCCUCUACACGACCACCGUCAGCCCUACCCCCAUCCCCUCGUCUGAUCUCGUUCUACCGCCCCGCGACUACUUCGGCCCGACAGACUGCUACAACUUCCCCGAUGACUUCCUCUUCGGGGUCGCCGGAUCCGCAGCCCAGAUAGAGGGCGCCAUAGGACUAGAAGGACGUGCCCCGACUCUACAGGAGAAGCUGGUCCAAGACGACUCCCCCAAGAACUACGUCACGAACGAGAACUAUUACCUGUACAAGCAGGAUAUCCAGCGUCUCGCGGCGAUGGGUGUCAAGUAUUACAGUUUCUCCAUCCCGUGGACGCGCAUCCUCCCCUUCACAGUCCCAGGCAGCCCAAUAAACGAACAGGGGCUAAAGCACUACGAUGAUCUGAUCAAUUAUACCCUAGAAGUAGGAAUGCAGCCCGUCGUGACGCUGAUCCACUUCGACUCGCCGCUAUAUUUCCUCAAGGACGCUAAUCUGUCUGCCACCGCCGAUAUCGGCUACAGCAAUGGCGGGUACUGGCAUCCUGAGUUCGUGGAGGCGUUCGUCAACUACGGCAAAAUCCUGUUCACGCAUUUCGGCGAUCGAGUCCCUGUCUGGACGACAUUCAACGAACCGCUUCUGUACUCGUUUAACUUCACCGGGAUAGACAAUGUGGUUCGCGCGCAUGCAGAGCUGUACCACUACUAUCACGACGUCCUAGGCGGGACAGGGAAAGUCGGAUUCAAACUAAACGAUAACUUCGGUGUACCCAAGAACCCGGAGAACGAAACGGAUGUCGAGGCGACGAACCGAUUUAAUGAGAUGCAACUGGGUCCGUUCGGGAACCCGCUGUGUUUGGGGGAGCAAUACCCGGAUUCUAUCCUUGAGACUCUCCCUGGGGCAACGGCGCUCAGCGAGAAAGAUCUUGAAUAUGUCGCCAACACGACAGACUUCUUCGGGAUAGAUCCCUAUACGGCAACUGUGGUCUCGGUACCAGCUGGUGGAAUCGAAGCAUGCGCAAGCCAAAACAUGGCAAUCAACCCGUUAUACCCGUACUGCGUCACGCAAGAAACAACGAAUAUCUUCAACUGGGACAUCGGGUACCGCUCACACAGCUACGUAUACAUCACACCAACAUACCUCCGCUCCUACCUAUACUACCUCUGGAACACAUUCCACAAACCAGUUGUAAUCGGCGAAUUCGGGUUCCCCGUUUACGAAGAGUCCAAGCGCGAUCUCGUAGAUCAGCUCUUCGACUCGCCGCGGAGUACAUAUUACCUCUCGUACCUGUCCGAAACGCUCAAGGCGAUCUGGGAAGACGGGGUUCAUGUGCUGGGUGCGUUUGCGUGGAGCUUCAUGGAUAAUUGGGAGUUUGGGGACUAUGACAGCCAGUUUGGGAUUCAGGUUGUGAAUCGUACCACGCAGGAGAGGUUCUUUAAAAAGAGUUUCUUUGAUGUGGUUGAUUUUGUAGGGGCGAGGGGGGGAUUGGGAUAUGAUCAUUGA